AUGAGAGUGUGUAACCGCGGCGCACAGAUGCUAGUGACCGCAGCGGGAGCGUUUGCAGCGUUCAGCCUCAUGACCAUCGCGGUCGGAACGGACUACUGGCUGUACUCUCGUGGAGUGUGCCGGACGAAGAGCGCUAGCGACAACGACACAAACCGAAAAAACGAGGAGGUGCUAACGCACUCAGGCUUGUGGCGCCAGUGUUGUAUGGAAGGCACAUUCAUAGGUGUGUGUAAGAACAUUGAUCACUUUCCCGAAGAUGCAGACUAUGAACAAGAUGCAGCUGAAUAUCUCCUGCGAGCGGUGCGUGCCUCCAGUCUUUUUCCCAUACUGAGUGUGGGGCUGCUCUUUAUUGGUGGGGUGUGUGUGGCUGCCAGUGAGUUCUACAAGACCAGACACAAUGUCAUCCUUAGUGCAGGCAUCUUUUUUGUUUCAGCUGGUCUCAGUAACAUCAUUGGGAUGAUUGUGUACAUCUCAGCAAAUGCGGGUGAUCCAAAUCAGAGCGAAUCCAAACGGAGUCACUGGUACGGCUGGAGUUUUUACUGCGGGGCGCUGUCCUUUAUUAUCGCUGAAACUGUUGGCGUACUGACAGUUCACCUUUUUAUUGACACACACCGGGCGCUGCGGGCGCGGACCCACCGAACCUUACGCUCCUACACACACCCUUCACUACAGCCACGACGGUCCUCGAGCUACCGCUCCCGAUACCGCCGGAGACCGAGCCGUUCGUCGGAUUCGCGGCCACGAGAUCCCUCCCCUGCUCGCCAAAGCAACGACCUCGCAAUGUAUGCGCUAAACAGAGGCUACGCAUCGUCGCCUCACACAAUUCCGCAUAACUCCAUCAGCGCUAGCCACGGAUAUGCGCUCGCACAAAACUCAUUCAUUACAAACAACAGUUUCACGAAUCCUCAUCCCCACUUGCAGAAUUCUAUAUCAUCCGGGAAAGAGUUCCUGCACGCGCAGAAUUCCGUUGGUUCUGACAAAGGACUUACACAUUCUCUCGCGCACUUUCAGAAUUCUGUGAACCCGGAGAAGUGCGCUUUUCAGUUUCAAGCGUACAAAGCAAACUCCAAUAACAUUUUCCAAGAUACACACAAUUCCAUUAAUGAUCAUAUAAAUACUGAUAGCUCUGUAAAGGAAAGUACACUUACCUCCCAAUCCAGCACUGCAGCCAGGAGAACAACACCUGUCUGA